AUGAAGUACAACGUCGACGCCCACUCCCAUCUCUGCCGCCUUAUCAUCCCCUCCAAUUAUGAUUCCUAUUCCGAGCCUCACGAGAAGUCUCUUUCACUCCAAGAGAUUCAGGCCUAUAUUAAGGCUGAAAACAUGAGCUUGGAGGAGCCUUGUCUCUUCUCCGCCGAUUGGCUUUUGGAGCAGUGGCGGUUCCAGGAUUCGAAAGCCAACCGAGCAAAACUUAUAUACUAA